AAAUCCGUUUAGUGUGCAGAACGAAGUAAACAAUUUUUGAAAGCGAUAAGGAAAUCGAAUAGGAAGAAAGCGUCUUAAAUACAGCGUGUUCUGUUAAAACGAUCCCGAUUUUGUUAAAUUACAGCAGAAAGUCCGAAAAGGCCGUUGCAUGUUUCCAAACAAUAUGACAGGUGAUCCUAACCAACAAAACCAGUCGUCAAUAUUUGGCUACGAGAUGUAUCCGCCGGCAAAUGCGCAGCCGAUUAAUUGGCCGGAAAUACAGGCCACGCAGGGUUUUAACAAUCCGCACACAUAUCAAUUUCAAUCGCAGAAUACCCAAAACGACAUAGGAAACUUCUCGUUUAGCUCUCAAAGACAAGAUCAGCCUGUCGUACAGUUCCCCUUUCAGGUGGGCAGCUCUUUUGGGGUGAAUUCCAACACCAUUAGGUGCAAGAGGAAAACGGACUCCCCACCGCUCCAACAAUGUAAACAACACAUAACGGAGGAAAAAAUGGCCGAACACAUGUCAAAACUUCACAUUAGCACUGAAACACCUUCCUCUUCAAAAGAAACCAGCACAGAAAAACAACAAAGGCUUUAUUUGUGCGAGGAAAUGAGAAAACUUAAGUCCGAUGUUAUAAUACCACAAUGUCUUAUAGAUAGAAUGCAAAGGCCUUGCACAGCUUUGGUUUUAUGGCAGCCCCCCCCAAGAAUAUUAAUCCCUGAAAGAAUAGAUAAUUUAGAUAAUAAUAAUGAAGAAAAUUUGCCCGAUCAACAAUUGAGAAUGGAGAAUGAGAAUGUAGAAUACGAUAUGGAUAUGUAGGGUGUGGAAUUAACUGAAUUUAUAAUAUUGCUAUUUUUGUGCCAACAAUUGUAGAAUGUAUGAAUUCAGUGUACUUACAUGAAGACUGACCAAAUAAAUUAAUAGUUUUGGUGGCGAAUAAUAAUCGAAUAACAAUAUAAAUAAAAAUCUCAAUUGUUGGAAAUACAUGAUAUUUUUUAAGUACUAAAAUCAUCAAAUGGUUGCUUUAAAAUUAGUUUAGUAUGUUAAAGUUUGCGCAUUUAUUAGUUUCGUUUUAUUUAUUGUAGGUUAUAAAAUUUUUGUCUAAAACUACAUAUUAUGUUCCUUUUUUAAGUUAAAAAAUACUUUGCUGUAUAAUAAAUUAACUGUUAGUUUUUGUUACUAUUUUUUUAAUUUUUGGUAUUGUAAAACCUGUAUUUUUAUUUUAAAGUGAUUGUUUAUAUUUUUCUUGUGAUUUUUAGCUUUUUUUAAAAAGUAGUCUUUACUGCCGUGAUUAAGUUUUGUAAAUGUUUUAAUAUUGAUCAUAGAAAAACUUAUGUUAUUGAUUAUACUAUUUUUUAUAUA